AUUGAAUAUAUGAAUGUAUGAUGUGUCUUCUCUUCUCUCCGUGUUCCAGAGAGCACCAGGCUCUCGCCCAUCGGAAAUAUGGCGGAGACGAAAAUGUGCAGUUGCAGUAACACUCUGUCACUCCACUUUACGGCCGCCGCAGCAAAGCCACCACACCGUGUCUUUCCCUUUGCUAAUGGCGUUUCCUUUGACUCGCUGAAGCCCCCUCGCAGCCGUGUCUUAUCUAUGGCCUUUAAGAGAAGCCCCAAGCGUCUCAAGUACUCCGCUCCUCGCUUUACCAAGGAAGAUGGCUUACUUUAUGUAGAAGCCGAUCCAUCAGGAGGAGACAGUUGGAAGUUAGAUCCAGUCGUUCAACUUUUGAAGGAGGGAGCUGUGGGUGUCAUUCCUACGGAUACUCUGUAUGCAAUAGUAUGUCACCUGAAAAGUCACUCAGCCAUUGAACGUCUUCGUAGAAUAAAAAAUAUAGAACCUUCGAAGCCCCUUAGCAUUUUAUGUCACUCUUUGAGAGAUAUAGACAUAUAUACAACUGGGUUCCCUUGUGGUGAUGGCCACGGACAUGCAAAUAUAUUUCGAGCUGUCAAACAUUGCUUACCUGGGCCUUAUACUUUCAUCUUAAAUGCAAGCAAAGAAUUACCUAAACAUUGUGUGAGGUAUGGGACCACGACUGCCAAAUAUGCUACUAGGAAAAAUGUGGGUGUUCGCAUCCCUGAUGAUGCCAUAUGUCAAGGAAUACUGGAGAAGAUGGAUGCACCUCUUAUAUCCACAAGUGUCAAGUGGCCCAAGGAUAAUGAGUGGAUGAUAGAUCCUGUUGUGAUAGCUGAUAUAUAUGGACCAGAGGGUCUUGAUUUUGUUGUUGAUGGUGGUGUACGAGUGGCGGAUCCUUCCACUGUGGUUGACAUGACUGGUGUUCCUCCGAGAGUAAUACGACAAGGGAAGGGACCUAAAUUAGACUGGAUGGUAGCAGAAGAUGAUAUUGAAUCUGGAUUUCAUGCAGAAGAUCUCAUCCCGUCUGCUACUUAGGGACCAUAACCUUGUACAGAACCAUGUUUCAAGUGAUUUCAGAAUUCUGACAGCUUAGCUUCUCAUGGUGAAGUGCUAGUUUUUGAUUGGAGACUUGGCGCCUUCCCAGCAACUUGGUAAGACAUACAGACAUUUUGCAAAUUUUAUUGAAGAAAUGGCGAGCAUACAUGUAUAAAAGCUACAGUAUUGAAGACUUAUAAUGAGUGAGCUUAUGGUUCUUGUGAAAAGCAAUAUGUUUCUGGAAGCCCAACUGGGGUGAUUUUACGUCAAAUUGUUUGUUGCAUCAAAUGUCUAUAGAUUGCUUUAUGUUUGAAUAUAAUGAGGUUGUCCGAUUGCCUUAAUCCAACUCCCGAAGCUACCGAUAUUCAGUUGUUUGUUGUCUGGAUGUGGAAAGUUAACUAUCAACUUUCAUACUUGACAAAUUUAUGGAAGUUGUUAGGAUUGUAUACUAAUGUGUUGUGACUUGUAGCUUGAUAAAGGGCAUUCAAUCUCAUAUUGCAAGAAAUCCAAGAAUUUCUGGGUUCA